UCCAUCUAUUGUUUUCUGAUCAUCAGAUCAAACAGCCAAAAUCAGAAGAUGAGCACCACUAAUCAGAAGACAGCUCCGGGACUGAUCAUAUCCACCACUGAAUCUAUUCAUUCAUUUCUCCUUUCUGCUUCCAAAAAUCUCCAUCUCUCUCAAGAACUUAAAGAAAUUGCUUUGGAUCUCUCCUUGCAGAAAAGUGUGCCUUACCAGUCAAUCCGAGCUAUAUGGAUGGGACUGCAUCCCUCUACUCGGCCUGAGUUGCUUCAGAUUUUCUCUGGAUCCGAGUUCAUCUUUAUCAGUCCAAAACCUAGGGGAAAGAGUGAAGAACUCAAACAAAGAUUGAGGAAGCUAGCAGAAGUAGCCGAGAGGAAUGAAUAUCGCGAGCUUGUUAGGGAUAUAACUCCGAAGGAUACAAAUGAACCAUUCUCUUCUUACAAGGAUCAACUUGGUUUUGGUUUACACGUCGCCCUUAUAAUGUUAACAGGAUAUUUGGUUGGAUAUGCAACAUUCAGAGCUUUGUUUAGUCACAAUUCUGCUAUGAGUGCUGCUGGAGGCAUUCUCGGACUUGUUAUGGGGAUGCUUGUGGAAACAUUUCUUUUCAUCAUCAGAACUUCUGAUCAUGAACGUAGCUCAUCAUUGCACAACUCCAGGAUGAAGAAGAGUCAGUAAUGUUUUGGGGUACAAUUCCAGAAUGCAACAUUCUUGCUCCAUUUGACACAUGAAAAUAAGUUUGUAGUUUCUGUUUUCCUAUUUCAUAAAAAUAUAAUUGAAAAAGAAACAUGCAUGUUGGAAGGUAUUGGAUGGGAUGGGAUUCAAUUAGACGUAAAACAAAUGUCUAGUAGUUAUAAAAAAUAUUUUGUUUAUACUCUCAAGUCCAUGUGAUAUUUUUUUAGUAGGUAACAGAGUUUGCCUACCUUUUCUUUGACGGUAUGAGAAUUAUCUACUUGAACUUA